AGUGUGCGGCGACAUGAUAACGUUAUGUGAAUCGGAGUUUCCGGGUAGGAACAAGGGAAAAACUCUCCUAUAAUGGGAACAAUGAGACUUUCCCUUGGAAAACGUCCAGUUGUAAACCAAGCCUCGUCACGUACCAUCCACCUGUCCGUUCCCACGUUCUCCCUAUAUAUUCCUUCGGCAACUCGGAUUUUUACACGCAGCUGCUCAAGCAACUUCUCUUCAACCACUUAUAUUUUUAUCCUUCGCCUCCACACUCUCCUCUCUACCCUGUCAUGAAAUUGAAGGGUGUUGUAUUUGUGUCCCUGCUCCUGGAACUGGUUUGCUUCGUGGGCACUUCCGUGUCCCAGGAAUGUGGCGAGGUGCUCACGGAACCCUAUGGGGAUAUCAAGUCUCCUGGAUAUCCCAGUUCCUAUCCCCCUAACGUCAAUUGUCACUGGGAAAUCCACGCUCCAGCAACUCGUAAAAUCAUCCUCACAUUCAUUGACUUCUUAAUUGAGGAAUCCGUGGAUUGCCUUUCUGGCGAUUACCUCACCGUUUCCGAUCAAGAAGGAGAGCAAAAAGAAUUUUGUGGCCAAGAUCAUCCCUGGACGAUCGAAUCGAUUGGGAACACACUUUCCAUCACUUUUAACUGCGAUUCCGACGAUCAACAGGGAUUCCGAUUUUACUUGGCCUAUGUCACUGUGUCCAAAUGCGGAGAAGGCUGGCAAGAGUUUGGGGAGCAUUUAUACACUAGGGAGGAGCAGUUGUUCGUUCAGGAGCGAGCGCAGACUCCUACUGUUUGGGUUGGGGCAACAAACACCGGAGAUUUAUCGGUGAAUCCUUUGGACUUGGAAUUCCUCGACGGGACACCCACCGAUUACCAUAACGUGUGGGAGUAUGAGGUAUGGUCCCCUCUUCACUCGUGCCCAGGGGGAGGAUGCGGAAUCCUCUUGGUCCCAGAUCGUAAAGCCUUGUCUCACUGCGAGGACUCUGGAGGUGCUAUCCUUUCCAUUGGUGGUGACGAAGUUAAUCACAUGAAUGUAGCACUUAUCCUUGAACCUGACGAACGCUUCCCGCAUCCCCUUCCGAAGUGGACGGAAUUUUGGGUAGGCUUGAGGCUAGAUGUGACGGAAGAGUGGACUUGGGUGGAUGGGUCUCGGGUUCAAGUGGAUCGUUGGGAGGAUGGGUAUCCCACUGACGACGGUGGCGAAUGCGUUGUCAUGACCACAUCCUCGUGGGAUGAACUCCCGAAAGGUGAACCUGCGUCCUACGUAUGCAAGAAGUCGCCCUGA